CCCCACAUUAAAGAGGAACAGGAGGACCCAGUGCCCCCACACAUUAAAGAGGAACAGGAGGAACUCUGGACCAGUCAGGAGGGAGAGCAGCUUCAAGGUCUAGAGGAGGCUGGUAUCAAGUUCCCAUUCACUUCAUUCACUGUGAAGAGUGAAGAUGAUGAAGAGGAAGCUCAGUCCUCUCAUCUUCAUCAAAGACUAACUGAACAAAUGGAAACAGAAGCUGAUGGAGAGGACUGUGGAGGACCAGAACCAGACAGGAACUCAGAUCCAGAUAGACCUUUACAACUAUCCAGCGGUGGCAAAGUUUCACAAAGUAACAAACAAGACGAUGAUGACAACUGGAAGGAAACCAGAAAACCUCCGUCGGGUUUAAACUCGCUGAAGAUUCAUGCCGUUUCUGUCAGUGAGUCCAGAUGUAGUGGAGAGAAACCAUUUCACUGCGAAGUUUGUAUGAAAUCUUUUACACGUAAAUACGUUUUACAGACACACAUGAGAACCCACACAGGAGAGAAACCAUUUCACUGCUCUGUUUGUAUGAAAUCUUUUACACGUAAUUACGUUUUACAGACGCACAUGAGAACCCACACAGGAGAGAAAUCAUUCAGCUGCUCAGUUUGUAAGAAAUCUUUUCGAGAGAGAGGACAUUUACGGAGACACAUUAGAAUACACACAGGGGAGAAACCAUUCAGCUGCUCAGUUUGUAAGAAAUGUUUUAGAGAGAGUGAAUAUUUACAGAAACACAUGAGGACCCACACAGGAGAGAAACCAUUCAGUUGCUCAGUUUGUAAGAAAUCUUUUACUGAGAGAGCACAUUUACAGACACACAUGAGAACACACACAGGAGGGAAACUAUUCAACUGUACAGUGUGUAAGACAUCUUUUAGACACAGUGGAUAUUUACAGUCACACAUGAGAAUCCACACAGGAGGGAAAAUAUUCAAGUGCACCGUUUGCAAGAAUUCCUUUAGACACAGUGGAUAUUUACAGUCACACAUGAGAAUCCACACAGGAGAGAAACCAUUCAAGUGCACAGUUUGCAAGAAUUCUUUUAGACAGAAGGGAGAUUUACAGACACACAUAAGAAUCCACACAGGAGAGAAACCAUUCAGCUGCUCAGUUUGUGAUAAACAUUUUAGCCGUAAAGCACAUCUGAAGAGACACCUGGUAACUCAUACAGGAGAAACCAUUCAGCUGGACUAGCCAGAUAAACAUUUAAAACCAGACACUGACUGACUGUUCAUCCAGGGUUCCCACAGUGCUGUGGUAAAUUAAAUUCAUUGUUUUAGAAAUCUUCUACAAAAUGUAACAAAACAAUCAAUUUGCUUUUGUAUCUGUUGACACUAUGUAGCUAUUUACGUGACUGUUUUAAAUAAAUGUAUUUUGUAAAGCACA